UUCUCCGAAUACGGCCAGGCAUGCGUCGACACCGGGAACUGCCAAGACCGUGCCAUCGAGGUCAAGCAAGCCUCAGGGUUAUGGCUGUAUACCCUCGCCACUAAGGCCGUCAUUGAGGUAGUCAGCCCGGUGGGCGUGUCGGCGACCAACGCCGCUGCGAAUCAGAACGGCUUCGUCUCGUCCACCCUGGCCUGGCUCGAGGAUCGAAAGAGCCAUCGGAGGCAAUUUUUAAGGCUGGGAAGUCUUCCAGAACGGCUCCCUGGCUCAUUCAGGACUGAUCAAGCCUUGCGUUCGACCUGGUAA